UCCGUAAAUGGAUCGGUGUGCUCGGAGAGCCCGAGCAUCAGAGAGUGGAGUGGAAACAGGAAGAGGUGGAGAGGAGAGGGGGGGAGAAAGAAGACUGAGAGGAGAGGAUCGGGUGAGACAAGGUGGCGAGGAGUGAAAGGGAGGAAAAGGGGAGCAGAGGGGCGUGUGGACCAAAGAGAACGAAGACAAAAAAAAACAAGCUCGCGGAGGAUGAGCGUGUCUAUUUAAAGGGGUCCAAGUCUGCACGGGUCCGCCGUCUUGCUAUUCCUGACCGACGGCAUCAUCGGAUUUGGGAUUUGGACCAAAGUCUGUCUUCCCCCCCCCUUUUCUCUCAGUGCUCAUUGCGAGAGAGAUGACCAGGGUUUCCUUGGUGACAAGAGGGAGCGGGAGGCAGCAGACUGAGGGGUGCAGACGGCAGGUUUAACCUACCACUUUCAACUACUAUCACACACCGGCAUAACAAAUGCUGCAUGUAUCUCCCCGCAGAGCUGUACUCUGGCCGUAACACAUGGGACUCCUAUCCAGCUGGAGGACCUAACAGAGGACAAUGGGCUCCUGGGAACAUUCGUCCCUGGAGCCACACAGAAAGAUGCCAUGGAGGGCGCAAUCAAUCACAUAACCUACCGUCAGGUCGUCUUUAUAAUAGGGGGGAGAGAACAGUCAGCCAUGUCCAGUACAAGGUUGUCUCAAAGGGGCACCGACAGCCUCUACGUCUCUGGGAUGGAAAAGAGCAGUCGUUUGAGGCCCAGAACUGGCAUCACAACUCCACACGCUCAUUCCACAACAGAGGCGGCACCAGCAACGGUUAUCUAACAGGACCAGGAGAGCGCUACGCAAGCUGGGACAACAAUGCCAGCAACUCUGUGCAUGGGGGGCCUCGCCAGCAUCGCAACAACAGAGAACUCCAGUCCCCACCAGAGAGAUGGGCCCCCUCAGACUGCAGCCGGAGCUUUCCUGUCAGAAUGAUAAACAACAGACCAGGACCAUGGAAACGGCCAGCCCUCCACCAGCGGCGAGACCAGCUGCACCAGCACAGUCCACCUCCACAGCACCCUCUGUCCCCCAGGGACGAAUGUCCAGCCAAGAGGAGAAGGGACUCUGGCCCUGAUCAGUCAUCUCAUCCUGGAUCAAGACAUUUGUCUUCACUUGCCCAUGCCCCAUCACCACCUCGCCACCACCGCUGCAACCAAGACGACUGGAAGCCUCCUCAUGAAAGGGCGGGUCAUUGCCACCACUAUGUCCACAGGACCUCAACAACGCUGCAACAGGAAACCUCUAAACUGCGAGCUGGAGGACAUGGCUUAAGUAACAGUCACCUAGCGGCUCUGAACCAGAGCUGUCGCAGCAGACCACCACAAUGCGAAAGCGAUGGGAAGGUCGACCGGAGAAUCUCGUCAUCACCAGCAGACCACACCCGUGUGCCUUACAGCCAAAACCAUCAUUACUGCUAUCAACGGCACACAGGCCACCCCAGAGCCCUACCGCACAACAUGCCGCUACACCCUUUUGAGGAAAAGGACUCACGGAGCCAUCACCACAAACAAAGCACAGAACCUCAGCGCACUCAUCAAAGGGGCAAUUCAAGGGAUCCAGCCCUCUCCAAGUCUUUUGGUGCAGCUUCUCCUUCCUAUUCGUCCCUCCUCUGCAGCCCUAAAGAUGGAGCUUCUUCUGCCAGCAGUCCACGUGCUUCUUCCAGUCCCUCUUCAUACACAGUGGCCAGUGGCAGAAAAGAUCCAUCAAUCAUUCAUCAGUAUAUCCCUGGCCUUGGUGGACAGCAGAAACUCCAUGGAAGCCCUAAUUACACCCUAAGACCUAGCUUGACAUCUACCACGUCUCUCACAUCUCACACUGGUCCUAAAUCCAGGUUUUCGGAUGUCAAAUAUAGAAAGACCUUGCAGCCCCUCUGCUCACGGCAGUCCCCCCACGGCAGAUCAAGAGCAAUCAAACCGGAAAAGAUGUUGGAAGGACACAAAAAAACAGAGAAGCUGAUGAAAAAGGAGAGGAAGGGGGAAGUUCAAAAGACAAACCGAAAGGGUGAAGAGAGGAAGAGGCAUAAGAAAAAAGAGGAAAAGAGGUUGGCCGAGAGAAAAAGAAGGAAGGAUAAAGCGGCGAGGAGGGAAAGAAAGUUAGGCUUGAAAAGUAAGGUCACAGAAAACGAAAUGUUUACCUCCAGCUCGACUUCCAAAUCAUCGGGAGAGGCCAAAAUAUGUAAAAUGGAGACUUCAACUCUGUCCCCAGAGAAUCAAGGCCAGUUACCACCCAAACACAGGCACAGGGAGAGGAGGGAACGAGCAGAGAGGACACACAGGCCAUCCGCAAAUACUCCUCAUCUCAGCAGCACUUCCCCGCAGCCAUCCUCAAAAUGUGGAAAUCACAAAAUGCCCAAGAAGCACAGCGGUCCCCCAAGACUCCCUGUCAAGGAACAACUAAAACGGUCUCUUCCCAGGAAAACAUGCCCCGACCAGACCAGAAAGAGGCCCACCGCCGUCUCAUCACGAUCAGAAGCGCGACGAAAAGCAAAGCCCCAUGACAUGCUCCCUUCCCUUUUAUUUAAAGCCUUAGCACCUCUCAGUGCAGCAUGUUCUAUCAGCUCAGAGCAGCCCAUCCACGGCAAAGAAGGUGGGCAGGGAGGGGCUCUCAACGCUCCAGACCUACAGCCUGUGGGAAAUAUGAGGGAAACGGGAGACAACCUUGCCAAUACUCCCCCUGUUCUCAGCUGGCAGGGCUCUCCAGUAUCAAGUCUGGGAGAAGAUGAAGAGGAGCUAGAAAAGGGAGUGUUGAGCAGACCCGUCCUCCAGCCCAGCCCCACCCAGUGCUUCUCUCCUCCUCCUGUCGACAGCGAGAGCACCGACGAUAUGAAUAAGGAGCCUUGUGAAAGUACGCUGGCUGAUUAUUCCCACGAUGGCAUGUCUGAACUCGGUGAUCUACCUUGUGCGACGGAACAAGUUGCUGAGGGAGAAAAGGAAGAAGAGGUGGACAGCGGCAGGGAAACCUCUGGCUCUCUUCUCCGUGAGCUUUGCCACCAUAAAACCGGUUUGGAUGACGUCUUCAAGAGCCUGGCAACCUUUCUCGGAGGCCAGCGGGUCACGUGUCGAGGCGGUCCAUUCGGAGGGCCUCCUGCUGGCUCCGCGGGAGGAGUGAAGUACUCCUCGUCUCUUGAAUUGGGGCCAGAGAUUCAUGAGCAUCAUGAUUUCUCUCCACAAACCGACCGUACAGCGUCCUCCGAAUCCAGUAAUCAGUCACCAACUCACUCUACCUCCACAUUUUUGAAAACCCACAGUCCGACACGGACUCGGAGGGAGCCUGUCGCGGACGCCCUGGUGCAGGAGAAGAAGGAAGAAAUCAAGACCAACAUAGAAGAGAGCCCAGAGGGUAAGGAUAUGGAGAUCCUUUCUGAGAGAAACGAGUCCUCUCUUUUGGAUGGGUCACUGAGUGCAAAGCUGAGACUCACCACGACACACACAGCUUCUUUCACCAGCCUCAUUACUCUCUCUACCAAGGAAGAGAGGGGACACAGUGCAGAGACAGAAGGCAUAGGUACGGACCGAAAGAGAAAACAAAAGGUUAAUGAUGGGGGGAGUGAGGGAGAGAUCAAGAUUAAGAUAAAGACGGAGGAAAGCAGCGUCAUCGGUUCUAAAAACAAAGCAAAUGAAAUGAGGAACUUGGAGGAAAAAGACGUUUCGUCCUCGGUGCUCGUCAUCUCCAGAAAGUCACCCAAACCUCUCAAAGAUGGUAAGAAGGGCCAGACUCCCCGGGAGAAUCAAACCUCGCAUGACAAACAUAUCCACAAAGAAAAAGUGGACACAAAGAUCAUAACUGAGAAGAAGGAAGAGUUAGAAAAUAAGAUAUCCUCAGCAGCCGGAAAAACAAAUACCAAGACCCCAAACUCGGCGUCAACUCUAACGAUCAAUACAUCCAAAUUAUGUGUGACCACACCCGCAAGUAAACCUCUCUGCUCAGUAGCUCCAGUUGACCCCAUGAAACUGAAAGCGCUGUCCAUGGGCUUGUCUAAGGAGCUAAAGAUCCUCUUGAUUAAGGUGGAGAGUGCUGGAAGACAAACAUUCAACAUAUCGGAGCUGGAGGAGCAAAGAAUCCCGCUCUCCAAGAUCAGCAUUGAAAACACGGGCGCUGAAGUGGUCAGAGCUUGCAAGGGGACGAGGGUGAAGGGGAAGUUCAAGGAGUCUUUCCUGCUUUCCGCCUUCUCUGUUAAACCUGACAUUGCCAGCAAGACCCCCAUUCCUCGAGAAAAGCUUAACCCUCCUACACCAAGCAUCUAUUUGGAGAGCAAGAGGGACGCCUUCUCUCCAGUUCUGCUUCAGUUCUGCACUGAUCCCAAAAAUGCAGUUACUGUCAUCAGAGGCCUGGCCGGCUCCCUCCGCCUUAACCUCGGUCUGUUCUCCACCAAAUCUUUGGUUGAAGCCAAUGCGGAGCAUGCAGUGGAAGUGAGGACUCAGGUCCAGCAGCCCGCCGAUGAGAACUGGGAUUUAAGUGGUUCGACGCAGACAUGGCCCUGCGAAAGCAGCCGCUCACACACCACCAUUGACAAAUAUGCCCAGUAUCAGGCCUCGAGCUUCCAGGAGAGCCUGCAGGAGGAGAAGGAGAGCGAGAGUGAAGAGGAAGGAGAGGAGAACAGGUCUUCAGAUACAACAGCCGCUACAAAAGCUGCUCUGGCGUUAGCCAACAUUAAAGUCAGUUCUGCUGCCUUCUUCAGCAAAGCCCAACCUGUGCAUUCCAACAGCACAACCAGCUCAGAGCAGAAAACAGCCGGAAAGAUCAUUCAAUUUGGGACAAAUAUUGAUCUCUCUGACCCUAAAAGGUGGAAGCCUCAGCUGCAGGAGCUGUUGAAGCUGCCGGCUUUCAUGCGCGUGGAAUCCAGCAACAACAUGCUCAGUCACGUCGGUACCACCAUCCUGGGCAUGAACACUGUCCAGCUCUACAUGAAGGUGCCAGGCAGCCGCACGCCAGGUCAUCAAGAGAACAACAAUUUCUGCUCCGUCAACAUCAAUAUUGGGCCUGGUGACUGUGAGUGGUUCGCUGUUCAUGAGCACUACUGGGACGACAUCAACAGAUUCUGUGAGAAGCAUGGUGUAGACUACCUAACAGGGUCCUGGUGGCCAGUCCUGGAAGACCUCUACGGCUCCAACAUUCCGGUGUACCGCUUCAUUCAGAGGCCCGGAGACCUGGUGUGGAUCAAUGCGGGGACUGUGCACUGGGUCCAGGCGGUGGGCUGGUGCAACAACAUCGCCUGGAAUGUGGGACCACUCAACUCGUACCAAUAUCAACUCGCCCUGGAGCGCUAUGAGUGGAACGAGGUGAAGAAGGUUAAGUCCAUCGUUCCCAUGAUCCAUGUGUCCUGGAAUGUGGCACGCACCAUCAAGAUCACCGACCAGGAUACCUACAAGAUGAUCAAACACUGCCUGAUGCAGUCCAUCAAGCGCAUCCAGAUUCUGAGACAGCAGCUGGUGGCGGCAGGGAAGAAGAUCUCUUACCAGAGUCGUGUGAAGGACGAGCCAGCCUACUACUGCAACGAGUGUGAUGUGGAGGUGUUUGCUCUCCUGCUUGUGACCAGUGAGAACAGCACCAAGAAGAGCUACGUGGUGCACUGUGAGGACUGUGCUCGAGCUAAGAGCCCAUCGCUGGCGGGAGUAGUGGUGCUGGAGCAGUAUCGCAUGGAGGAUCUGAUGAGGAGCUACGACACCUUCACGCUGGCUCCAUCACCCUCUUCAAAGUGAGGACUCCGUCCUGGUGUCUUUCAGCCAUAACCAAAACUCUAAUGGCAGCACAAAUGUUGUCUUUAAAGGCAAUCUAUUCCUGCAAACACUCUUUGAAUCAGCCAAUCUCAGUAUUGUUUACAUCACACAAUAAGGUAUGGCUACUCAGCCAAUCCAACUAUAGAGCUCACUGUCUUCCCCACACCAGCUGCUGAUUGGACGUGUGUUUUGAAAUAGAAUGACUAGACUGGUACUUUUCAUGAAAAGCAUUUCAGAAAUAAAUGUGAGCACUGUUGGCACUGAAAAUCAGGUUAAAUGUUCAACGGACACUGCUGUGAUUCAAAAGCGUCAAGUAGCCGGUUCUGUGUUUUUAAAUUCAGGUACUUUUAUGCAAAUUCUGUAGAACUUUUUUAAACCAAUCUAGUUAUUCUAUAUGUCCAUGAAUUUGCUGUGAUUCUGUUGUACCAGCAGGGGAAUGGCUUCACAGGAGAAGUAGCUGAUUGUCACAUUUGGCAUCGUAUUGGUUCCUCUUGGUUUUUCUUUGGUAUUCAGGUAAACUCUGACAUUUGUAAUUCCUGUCUCUAUACUCUUUGAGGUGCUAUUCCAAUCUAAUUUAUUCCCGUUAGUUAGAUACUUACAAAGUAUUACCAGCCUAUUAGUACACCACAUUGGCCUUGCAAACUGUAUUUAUAGGAGAGGUAAUUAGAGGAUUAAACACACAAAUAAUGAUCUAAGAACAUAUUUAAAAAAAAAAAAAAAAGUUUUAUCAGUUUCUCUAAAAUACGGGUUUACUAGAGGACUAAUAUGGUUUCAUUCUCAGUUGGAAAUGAAGUAUGUAUAUGGGAAAAAUGAGUGUGCUUUCUAUGAUACACCCGGAAGACAAACAGUGUGGUUUUUUAUUUUUGGAAUUGGAAAACAAUCCCAGUUUUAUACUUUUGGUGCUAUGUUCUUGUUUCUAGAUGACAGAGGAAAUAAGUAAUUGUGAAUGAAUUUAUGGGAUGGUUGGUGUGCAUAGAUGGGGAACAAAGGGGAUGGAGUGGGGGGGGGGGGGAUGAUGAUAUGUCCAAAGAGACACACAAUCAUAAUCUUAGAAUGCAAAAGCCAAUGAGGCCAAA